AUGCAUUCCGUAUGUUUCCAGCACUCUGACGCAUUUUGUCUUCAAUUGAAUACUAACAACAGUUGGAAUCAUAUAGCCAAAACGGAUGAGACUUAUAAGAAAAAGUCAGCAAAGGGUGGUCUAGGAUCACUAUUUACAUAUUUUGUUCUUUUGUUCAUGGCAUGGACUGAAUUUGGAAGUUAUUUUGGUGGAUAUGUUGACCAACAGUACAGAGUUGACGGUGAAGUAAGGGAAACUUUUCAGAUAAACAUGGAUAUAUCCGUGAAAACUCCAUGUAAAUGGUUACAAGUGAACGUCAGAGACGAGACUUUCGACCGUAAACUUGUUUCGAAAGAGCUUGUUCUUGAAGACAUGAUCUUUUUCGUUCCAGGACAUGCCAAGCUGAAUGAUAUGAAAUCAAUCGUGUCUCCUAACAUGGACACAAUUCUCGGUGAAGCAAUUCCAGCACGAUUUAGAGAUACACCCAGUUCUGAACUAUCUGGUGGAGAUGGCUGCCACAUAUUUGGGUCGAUACCAGUAAACAGAGUAUCUGGAGAACUGCAUAUCACAGCUAAGGGCAUGGGGUAUCGAGAUAGCCAAAAAGCUCCAAUAAGUGAGGUUGAUUUUUCACACGUCUUCAAUGAGUUCUCCUACGGUGUAUUUUAUCCUUAUAUUAACAAUCCAUUGGAUAACACAGCUAGAUUGAGUGAUGCAAACACUUUGGUUGCUUACAGGUAUGACACAUCAAUUGUACCUACUGUUUACGAAAAACUGGGAGCAAUUGUAGACACCAAUCAGUUUGCUGUUAGUGAGCGCCAUUAUACCCUUAAUGGUCACGGUAGCACCAGGGGCAUCAGUGCCCCAGGUAUCUUCAUUAAGUAUGAUUUUGAACCUUUGUCAAUUGUUAUCAGAGAUGAGCGCAUAUCUUUCUUCCAAUUCGUUGUUAGACUUGUAGCUGUUCUUUCUUUUAUCGUGUACAUUGCAUCUUGGAUUUUUAUUAUCCUAGAUACUGCCUUAGUGUCUGUGCUGGGGCCCAAAUGGUCUUUGCGCUAUCAAACAGACUCGCCAUCUAGAAAUAUUUUGGAUUAA